AUGUCUCGUAUUAUAGUUAAGGGUCUACCGAAAUAUCUUACUGAAGAUCGUUUGAGAAAUCAUUUUGAGAAACGUUUAAAUCAAAUACAUCCUAGUGCAGAUGGACUUCUCACGGAUAUUAAGAUUAUAAAAGAUAGGCAUGGCGAUUCUAGAGGAUUUGCAUUUCUGGGUUACCGCUCUGAAUCCGAUGCUUUUGAUGCCGUAAACUACUUUGAUGGAUCAUAUAUUGACACCUCCAAGAUUGAGGCAUCGAUGGCGAAGAGUUUUGCUGAUCCAAGGGUACCAGUUCCUAUGAGGGAGAAACGCAGAGAAGCAUUAAAGCGACUAAGAGAGAAGGAAGAAGAGCUUUUAAGUCAAGGAAAUAAAAAACGGAAUAUUAAACCAGAGGCUACAAGACGGAACAUUAAUGCAGAUAUUGCAAAAAACAAACAACUACAAGAGUUCAUUGAAACCAUGAAACCAUCAAGCAAGGUUGCUUCAUGGGAAACUGUUGGGAAAAGUAGUGGACAAGCUAAAGAAAAUGAAGAUUCUACUUCAAACCCACUUUUAAAAUUAUUGAGUGGUGCUGUGGAGGGUGAAGAGGAAGGCGGAGACACGUUUAAGAUACCUGAAAACCACAGUGACGAUGAAUAUACUGAUUUAAAUAAACAUAAAAGUACAGAAGGAGAGGAGAAUAUGAUGUCUUUGGAAGAUUUUGAUGCACAGAAGAAACCGAAAACAGAUGAAGAAAGUACUUUGGCUCAGGAUGAGACGGUCUCAGACCUGGAUUGGUUAAAGAACCGCCGGAUUAGAAUUAGAGAAGGUGAAGAUCAAGAAGCUAAACCUUCUGCUUUAAAAGAAGAUGUUCCAAUUGAACAAAAGCAAGAUACAGUUGUUAUUCAGGAAUCAGAAGUUUCUCACGAGGAAGAGAAUCUUGCCAAAAUUAAGAAAACUGGCCGUUUAUUUUUGAGAAAUAUCUUAUAUUCUGCCACUGAAGACGACUUCAGGAAGCUUUUCGAGCCAUACGGUGAACUAGAGGAGGUACACAUAGCGCUUGAUACAAGGACGGGUAAGUGUAAGGGCUUCGCAUACGUACUAUUUAAAAACCCAGAUCAUGCUGCGAACGCAUAUGUUGAGUUAGACAAACAAAUUUUCCAAGGAAGACUGCUUCAUAUUCUGCCUGCAGAUGAAAAGAAGUCACAUAGGUUAGAUGAAUUUGAUCUAAAGAACUUACCAUUAAAAAAGCAAAGGGAACUGAAGCGUAAAGCGUCCGCAACUAGACAAAUAUUUACGUGGAAUUCUCUCUUUAUGAACCAAAAUGCGGUCUUAAGCAGCGUUGCUGCGAAAUUAGGAAUAGAGAAAUCUCAACUUAUUGACCCAGAAAAUUCCAGUUCCGCAGUAAAGCAAGCCUUAGCAGAAGCCCAUGUGAUUGGUGACGUGAGGAAAUAUUUUGAAUCAAGGGGAGUUGAUUUAGCCAAGUUUGGUGACUUCAAAAAAGCUUCGGAACGUGAUGAUAGUAUUUUACUGCUGAAGAAUUUCCCAUUUGGCACGACACGUGAAGAGCUAGCUGAACUAUGCUUAUCUUUUGGUAAGCUUCAGAGGAUUUUAAUGCCUCCAAGUGGUACCAUUGCAAUCGUUCAAUUUAGGGACGUGACUUCUGCCAGGGCCGCAUUUGCAAAGCUAUCCUUUAAGAGAUUUAAAGAGGGUAUUCUUUACGUGGAAAAAGGGCCUAAAGGUUGCUUUACGCGUGAAGCGCAAGGUGACGAACUAGCGGCGGAUGACAGCCAGAGCGAGGCAGAAGUCAAAGAGUUAAGAACUACAGUUGAUGAUAUCAAAUCAAGCAAAGAACAAUCAGAAGUAGUAGAUGAGGAUUCCACUGUUGUCGAUGGCCCAACUGUUUCUAUAUUUGUUAAGAACUUGAACUUCUCUACCACAUCUGCACAAUUAUCUGACAAGUUUAGUCCUUUCUCAGGUUUUGUUGUUGCUCAGGUAAAAACGAAGCCCGAUCAUAAGCACCCUGGUAAAACUUUAUCCAUGGGAUUUGGGUUUGUUGAAUAUAGAACUAAAGAGCAAGCACUAGCUGUUAUAUCUGCUAUGGAUGGUACUGUUAUGGAUGGCCAUAGGAUACAGUUAAAACUUUCACAAAAGAAAAGCGGGAAUACAUCCGAGAAAACUCCUAAGAAAAACACAGGAAAGAUCAUCGUCAAGAAUCUGUCAUUCGAGGCUACCAGGAAGGAUGUCUUUGAGUUGUUCAGCUCAUUUGGACAGCUUAAAUCUGUCAGAGUUCCUAAAAAGUUCGAUAAAUCUGCUAGAGGUUUCGCAUUUAUUGAAUUUUUGUUGCCAAAAGAAGCGGAAAAUGCGAUGGAUCAACUUCAAGGCGUUCAUUUAUUGGGACGGAGAUUGGUAAUGCAGUAUGCUGAACAAGAAUCAGAUGAUGUUGAUGAGCAAAUUGAGAAAAUGACUAAUAAGAUGAAGAAGCAACGCGCAACGGCUGAACUAGGUGCCAUGAUAAAUGCAGGUAAAAGAAAGUUGAAUCUUGAAGAAAAUGACGAGAAUGACGGACUAAAUGGUUUUUGA